AUGUACUUGAUCCAUUCCAUAGCAAAGCUCGUGGUGCUCGUUAUAUUCUGGCCCCUCACCUUGAUCAUCAAAAGCUAUACCAAUUAUCAUACUUUCAAGACCCUCCAGCAAUUCAAGAAAGAUCUUCGGAACACCACCACUUACGAACAAUGGUUAGGAAUUGUCGAGCAGAUCGAUAAAUUUUUAGGCAAAGACGAGUGGCGGAAAAAUUACGUUUCCAAAAAAUUCGAUUAUCGAUUGAUUUCUGAUCGAAUUGUCUCGUUACGUCAUGCUAGAGACGCCAAUGACAUUGGAAGAAUUAUUUCGUUAUUGAAUAGUAGCACCAUUCGCAAUUUUGGAGGGAUAACCGACAAGAAUCUAUUUAAUAACAGUUAUAUGGGGACGAAAUUCAUCAUCCACGAAUACAUUGCCGAAGUACUAAAAAGUUUGGAAUUUAUCCAUCAAUAUGACGAUGCAAAUUGUGCGGAAAAUGAUUUGAUCAUUUAUAAACUUCGGGCGUUCCAUAAUGCUAAACAAACCUUAGGAAAUACCGCGUUGAUUUUACAAGGAGGGUCGAUGUUUGGAAUGUAUCAUUUAGGGGUGAUUAAAACAUUAUCCAAAAAUAAUUUGUUACCGAAAAUCAUUAGUGGGAGUUAUUUUGGGUCGGUAUUUGGAUGUUUAAUUUGUGUUAGUUGUUUGAAUAACCAUCGUGGUUCACAAAACGAUUUUUUUGACAGGUUUACCGAUGAGCUUAUAAGAUUUGGAUUACAACAUGAACCCCAGGUAUUUGAUUCGAAACGGGAAAGCUGGUUAGAAUUCUUGCUCAAGUUUUAUCACAAGACUUACACCCCGGAGAUUUUGUUGUUGAUGAAAUAUGUCGAACAUUAUUUGGAGGACUUGACAUUUGAAGAAUUGUACAGCAAAACCGGGAAGAUUUUAAACUUGAUCAUUCAUUCUACCGAUAAAUCUUUGCCGACGAUUUGCAAUUAUAUUACCACCCCCAACAUGAUUGUUCGUAGUGCAAUGUUUGCGUCGAUUGGUAGUGAUAUUAUGGGAGACGAAAUCCUGAUAUUGGUGAAGAAUUUGAAAAACGAAGUUGUCGAAUGGAGCGAGUUCAAUUUGUUCACCAGGUCGUCACAGACAAUUAUUCAAGAUGGCAAUAAUAAUAUUUUCACAAUUUCUAACGAAGAGAGUGUUGAUAGCAAGACCAGAUUUUUGGGCCCCCACGAAAUCAACAAUGAGCCGAAAUCCCCGUAUGAGCGAUUAACCGAGCUUUUUAAUGUCAACCAUUUCAUUGUCAGUUUGGCUCGGCUUUAUUUCAAACCUUUGGUGAUCAAUGAUAUACGGCACGAUUUGCAUUUUGUGAGGCCGUUGAAUGAUGUGGAUAAGAUUAUUGAAGAGGCCAAAGAGAAACGGAUUCAACGAAAGCAGAAGCGGGCCGAUGAUAAUAAGUCAAUGAUUACUACACCGGCAAUAAGUCGAAUAAGUACGAUCAUUGAUUUGAUUGAAUUUCAAAAAGUUGCUGACAGUCUUGAUGAUGAUGAAGAGGUAGCUAUUGAGAGUGAUGAUGAUGAUGAUGAUGAUGAUGAUGAAGAAGAAGGGAUUGAAGACAGUCAGAAUUUUUUGAAAGAUUUGACGGUUAAUAAUCCGUUAGAAAUUUGGUUAUUACCGGUGACAAUACUUAUUAGUUUGGCGGUGAAUCUCAUGAUCAAUGUGACGACGUUGAUUGCCACGCCAUCUUAUACUUAUAUCAAUAUUUCCAAGAACAUUCAGAAGAUCAUUAACAUGGAGAUCCAAUAUCGGUUUAAUUUGCUCACCGAUUUGGAAUUUUUCAAACUGCUUCGGAUAUUCCAAUUAUUGAAGAAAUUGACGGUCGAUGAGAAGACUCCGAAAUUGAGCAGUAGUGAGAUCACGAUUGUUCCGAACGUGUGGGACUUUAUCAGUAUUUGGAAGACGAUCUUUAUUAUUAAUGAUAUUAACGAGGAGAGUAUUACCGAGAGUAUUGAUAGCGCGAUCAAGUUUGGAGAAAAGAGUGUGUGGGCGUUAUUGCCGAUCUUGAAGGUGAGGUGUGAGGUAGAGUUUGUGCUAGAUGAUUUGUAUGACGAUACCAAAGCUUUGAGGGAGAUUUGA